GAUCCUGUUGAUCCAGCAAACACCGUAAUUGUGAUUCGCUCGUUAGUUCCUGGGGGUGUGGCUGAGCAAGAUGGCAGACUUCUUCCUGGAGAUCGGCUUAUGUUUGUCAACGAUACCAACUUGGAAAAUGGCAGCCUGGAGGAAGCGGUACAAGCAUUGAAAGGAGCCCCAACAGGAACAGUUAAAAUAGGAGUUGCCAAACCACUGCCUCUUUCUCCAGAGGAGGGCUAUGUCUCUGCUAAGGAAGAUUGCUUUUUCUACACUGCCCAGUCACUUGAGGAGGAGGGGCCAGCUGAUGCAGCCCUCUUCCAUGCUGAGCUGGCUCUGGUGGACUCCGGCGAGGCAGAUCUAGCAGAUGAGUCCACCUUUGAAUCGCAGUAUUCUCUAGAGAGUGACGUCUUCCAGACUUCAAUGAUAGCUCUGCAUGGCAGUGCCUGUAGCGGUGAGCUGAACUACAGCUUCUCUCUUCCAUUGUCAACUCCCAAGUCAGUUGGAGAGGAAUGUUCAAAUGCUGCAGCUGAUUUCCAUGUAUCUGACAAAAAUAUGUACAACAUGGAUCUGAAUCAGAGAGUGAGAGAGCAAAAGCCCGUCGUGGGCAAUAGUCUGGAAACUGCAACUGGUUUUACUAAAAAGGAUCUGCCUCUGGAUGUUUCGGAUAUCAACCAAAAUGAAAGUGAAAACACAGCAACAUGGACUGAAUCUCAGAUGACAACUGAAAUUGCACCAAGUACAAGCCUUGCUACUACCGUGCAGCUUGAUCCCACUGGAAAAGAUCAAGUGCUUUUAAUGGAAAAGAGAGGCCCAGUAUCUUUGGAGAGAAGUUCCACAACACCAAAUUCAAACAAAAACAUGUGUGAGAAGACUAUCACUAUUGCAAAAGGCAAUUCAAGUCUAGGGAUGACAGUAAGUUCCAAUAAAGACGGCUCAGGAAUGAUAGUCCGCAGCAUCAUCCAUGGAGGCUCAAUAAGUCGUGAUGGACGGAUUGGUGUGGGGGACUGCAUCCUGUCCAUUAAUGAAGAGUCAACCACUAACUUAACCAAUGCACAAGCCCGGGCUAUGCUGAGGAGGCAUUCGCUCAUUGGACCGGAUAUAAAAUCUUCUCCAGCACCUGCUGAUGAUCAGGCCCUCUGUUAUGUUGUUACGUAUGUGCCCGCAGAAAAUUUGGAAGAGUACAGGGCCAGUUUGGGACGACAGACAGAGGGAGCUGUGCCACUUGAACUUUUUCCUUCACAUACUGUCAGGGAACUCCCAGAGCUUCCAGAGCGUGAAGAGGGGGAGGGAGAAGAAAGUGAACUUCAAAAUGCAGCUUUCAGUAGCUGGAACCAGCCCAGAAAAGUUGAACUCUGGAGAGAGCCUAGCAAGUCACUGGGGAUCAGCAUUGUUGGAGGACGAGGGAUGGGGAGCCGCCUGAGUAAUGGAGAAGUGAUGAGAGGGAUCUUCAUCAAGCAUAUCCUGGAAGACAGCCCAGCUGGCAAAAAUGGAACGCUGAAAACCGGAGAUCGGAUCGUGGAGGUGGAUGGAAUUGACCUCAGAGAUGCCAGCCACGAACAAGCUGUGGAAGCCAUACGGAAGGCAGGCAAUCCUGUAGUCUUUAUGGUACAGAGCAUUAUAAGCAGACCAAGGCCCGAGUCUCUAUAUAGCCCUUCUUCAGCUUCUGCUCCCUGUGGGCAGAAAACUACUAACCCAUUUUAUCAUCAGUCAUCUAAGAACCCUUCCCUGCCCUUCCCUCAGAACGGUCUUUUCUGUAGACCAGCUGUCUUCAGUAGUGCUAACCCGUUUGCUGAUUCUUCUCAGUUCAACACUAACAAGGAGGUAUCGAAUCCAAUUAGGGUUACCUUCCGUUGUUCCCCAACUAACCCUUUUGCUCCCACACCAUUCAAGGCAUUCGGUCAGUCCGAUUUAGAGCCAGAAAAGACUUCACUUUGUAACUUGCCUCUGCCCCCUCCUUCAGCAUUUUCAGGAAUGAGCUGUGAUGUUGCACAGUCAUCUUCUAGCAGAGUCCCAGACGAUGUGGAGGAGGAUGAGUUCGGUUACAGCUGGCAAAAGAUCGUGCAACGCUAUGGAGAUCUGCCAGGGGAGCUACACAUGAUUGAGCUGGAAAAAGGAAGGACAGGUCUGGGACUUAGUCUUGCUGGUAACAAAGACCGAUCCAGGAUGAGUGUCUUUAUAGUGGGAAUUGAUCCAAAUGGAGCAGCUGGCAAAGAUGGCAGGUUACAAAUUGCAGAUGAGUUACUAGAGAUAAAUGGGCAAAUACUCUAUGGAAGGACUCAUCAGAAUGCUUCCUCAAUAAUCAAAUGUGCACCAUCUAAAGUAAAGAUAAUCUUUAUUAGAAAUAAAGAUGCAGUAAGUCAGAUGGCUGUUUGCCCUGCAAAGUCAGUAGAGGCCUCACAGUGUACUUCAGAGACACUUCAACAUCAAGAGAUUGACAUCAGUGCUGCAAACUCCAGUGCUUGUUCUGACUUCAGUUCAUGUAAAAGCAUUCAGUAUGUGGAACUCCCUAAGGAUCAAGGAGGCUUUGGAAUUGCCAUUAGUGAAGAAGACACAGUUAAUGGAGUAGUUAUUAAGAGCUUAACAGAUCAUGGUGCAGCAGCAAAGGAUGGACGAAUCAAAGUUGGAGAUCAGAUCCUGGCAGUGGAUGAUGAAAUCGUUGUGGGAUAUCCAGUAGAAAAGUUUAUUAGUCUCCUGAAGACAUCCAAAACUAUGGUGAGGCUUACCAUCAACUCAGCAGAGAUGGAUAGCCUGGCUGCAGCACCAGUACCUUCCAGUACUGCCGCAACAGAGAGAAGGAAUAUGCAGCCACCAGCAGCUGUCCCUUCUUCCAGCUCACCAGAACCAGAAGCAGUCAAAAACACAAGCAGAUCUUCCACUCCAGCCACGUUAGCCUCUGACCCUGCUACUUGUCCCAUCAUUCCUGGAUGUGAAACAACCAUUGAUAUCUCCAAAGGGCGGACUGGUCUUGGUCUGAGCAUUGUUGGAGGAGCAGAUACUUUGCUGGGAGCAAUCAUUAUCCAUGAGGUAUAUGAAGAAGGAGCAGCAUCUAAAGAUGGAAGACUGUGGGCUGGGGAUCAGAUAUUAGAGGUGAACGGGAUUGACCUCAGGAAUGCCACACAUGAUGAAGCAAUAAAUGUCCUCAGACAGACUCCCCAAAAAGUUCGUCUGACUGUGUACAGAGAUGAGGCCCAGUACAAGGAGGAAGACAUGUAUGAUAUACUCAAUGUAGAGCUCCAAAAGAAGCCUGGCAAAGGCCUUGGGCUGAGCAUUGUUGGGAAAAGAAAUGAUACAGGCGUGUUUGUCUCGGACAUCGUCAAAGGAGGAAUAGCAGAUACAGAUGGGAGAUUGAUGCAAGGAGACCAGAUACUGACAGUGAAUGGAGAAGAUGUUCGAAAUGCUAACCAGGAGGCUGUUGCAGCUUUGCUAAAGUGUUCGUUAGGUACGGUAAGAUUAGAGAUUGGAAGAAUAAAAGCUGGUCCAUUCCACUCCGAGAGGAGAACAUCGCAGUGCAGCCAGGUCAGUGAAGGAAGCGGCAGUCUCUCAUCGUUCAGUUUCGCGGUUUCUGGGUCCAGUGCACCUGAGGUCUUUGAAAAUGGUCUAAAGAAGAAUACCACUUCUGAAAUACAGGGAUUAAGAACAGUUGAAGUAAAAAAGGGCCCUGCAGAUUCACUAGGAGUGAGCAUUGCUGGAGGUGUAGGAAGUCCUCUUGGAGAUGUUCCUAUAUUUAUUGCCAUGAUGCAUCCAAAUGGAGUUGCAGCUCAGACUCAGAAACUCAGAGUUGGGGACAGGAUUGUGAGCAUCUGUGGAACAUCUACUGAGGGCAUGACUCACUCCCAAGCUGUUAGCCUCUUAAAAAAUGCUUCAGGCACUAUUGAGUUGCAGGUUGUAGCUGGAGGAGAAGUGAGUGUCGUAACUGGUCAACAGCAAGAUCCACCUACGUCCAGUCUUUCAUUUGCGGGACUAACUUCAACCAGCAUUUUUCAGGAUGAUUUAGGACCUCCUCAGUACAAGACUAUCACUCUGGAUAGAGGACCAGAUGGCCUAGGCUUUAGUAUUGUGGGCGGUUAUGGCAGUCCCCAUGGAGACUUACCCAUUUAUGUGAAAACAGUGUUUGCAAAGGGUGCAGCAGCAGAAGAUGGACGCCUGAAGAGGGGGGAUCAAAUCAUUGCUGUGAACGGGCAGAGUUUAGAAGGCGUGACUCAUGAAGAAGCGGUUGCUAUUCUGAAAAGAACAAAAGGAACAGUCACUUUGACUGUUUUGUCAUGAACUGGCUGCCCAAAGGGGUAGAGUCAAUAAGACUAUACUAUUUACAUUCCAUAUAGCAAAGAGAAUGGAAAUGUUUAUAUAACCUUCUUGCUCUUCCAGCUUCACUGGACUGUGCUACAACACUGAAGAAAAAUAACAUUUAACCAUAUUUUUGUAUAUGGUUACAAUAGAAGUAUUUCUCUUACUGUCAAACCACUGGGAUGGCGUUAUGUCAACUAUGGAAAGACAUGGAUAUUUUUCCUAUUAGUAUUAUAAUGAAUGCUUGUAAGC